AUGGAGAACACAUUCAUUUCUGAAGAUCCUGGUUUUAUCUUACAAGAUGAUCUAUUUAGAUCAAUUGAAACCGACUUGAGUCAACCCCAGCAGGAGAAGGAAGAAAAUAUUCUUAUUCAGCUAAGUGAUGCCUCAACGAAGCCAUUGAAGGUCCUUAAAUUAGAAUAUACAAGUGAUCUUCCGGAAUAUCCAUCUACUGAUCCUAAUGGAUAUGGGUAUGUUAUAAAUGUGCCGCCGAAUCAGCAGAGGGAAACUGUAGAGGACAUGGUUAACAGUGUAAAUAUUUCACAAGUACCUUACAAGCACUUGGUAAGCAGAUACUAA